AUGGAGAGACGUCCAAUUGUCUUUCUCAUCAUUGAGGAUCCACGUGACCUCCUCGAUGACUCAGCAACAACCUCAGACACAUGCGCCCCAGACCAAGUGUUUGGAGCAUACAAGCCAGUCGACCGCAGAGUCAAACCGAUACCCGGAGUCUUUCCAGAAGACGCACGUGUUAUACGCCAGUUCCCGGAGAACCCCCUGGACACACUGCCAUCGCUGCCGAAGCAACCAUCCGAGUUUAUACCCACCCAGAAGAUUACCAUGGAGAGAAUAGAGGAGAUGAAGAUCAACAAGGACGGAUUCCUAUGGCCCGAAGAAGAAAAACUGUUCAAGCACAUCUUCCGACUCAAUGAAAGGGUACUUGCAUUUGAGGAGUCGGACCGCGGAACCUUCCGUGAGGACUACUUCUCUCCCUACAUCAUACCCACCAUCCCGCAUGUACCCUGGGUCGAGAAGAACAUACCCAUUCCACCAGGAAUACGCGAGCAAGUCAUAGAGCUGAUGAAAGGAAAGCUGGAAGCAGGAGUAUACGAG